GAUCCCCCCCAGGCAGCUACGAGGAUCCAUAUGGUGACUUUCACCACUGACAUGUACUCGGAGCGCUUCCGAGAAUCCUUGAGCGCCAAGGAGAGAUACGCCAAUCAUUGGGGUUACUCCUUCAAGGUCUUCGACGAGAGCUCGCUAGAUUGUCAAAAGUUUCGACCGUUCCGGUUUCGGGGCGACUACCGCUAUUGCAAGCUAGAGGCCUUGAAGACCAUCUGGCGUCGAAUUGCAAAGGAUCGCAAAGCCGAUGCUGAUGCAAAUAGGCGCGAUUACAUCUUCUGGCAUGAUGUGGACACACACAUCAUGCGCCCGGAGACUGCCCUGACCGAUUUUCUGGCCGCCGCGGGAUUUGUACCCGUGGUCUUCACGGACAACGCCCUGUCGCUGAACAAUGGCGUCUUUUUUUUGGAGGUGGCCAAGGAGGGUGCCUCGAUGUCCUUCUUCCGAGCGUGGCGCCGUGGCUGUCGCACCGGCGAGUGGCCCUGGGCUGACAAUGGCUGCAUGUACGAGGUCCUGCUCCAGCUCCUGGGUGGUGAGCGCUACGACGGCAGCUGCGCGCGGCAGUUCCGGCAAGAGGAGUUCAAUGAGGACCGCCCAGAGCCUCCUACUGGGGAGCAGCUUAUGGCGUGCUUCAAUGCCCAGAUGGCCUCCAUGGGCAUGGGAUGUUGUGGCCAAGAGCGGUCAAUCGAUGGCUUCGCUUUCCUCACCGGUGCGAAGGACGCUUUCAACCACCAUCCUUGCGACGAGCUGGAGCGAACUCGGGCCUUCCAGGACUACGACCGCUCCUUGAUAAGGCAGCACUGUUUCGAAGAUGGUAUGUUCAUGGUCCACUCCAAGGAUGUCAAGUAUGCCAAGGAGUCGGCGAGGAGAGUGAGCGACCUUACGAGACCUCGUGCGGAGCUGUGA